AGAAGCGGCGCUGCACGUGUUAACUGAACAUGAUCUGCAGGCCCGCGGAGACAAGGAGGCCAGGGAAGGACACUCUGUACAAACUCUGCUUUAUUUGAACAUUAAAGAAACCCAGAGAGAAAAAGCUGCCCGCGCGGCUGGACCAAACCUGGACCGUUAGCUUAACGGAGGCAGCAGCGUCAUUAAAGAGCAGAAAGUUCUGGGUCUGUGUUGUCCGCCAGCGCGUGUCCUCCCCGGCGUCCUCCUCCAGACCUCAGUUUUGUUUUUAUUUUGUUAAAACGGUUUCAUAGUUUGGUUGUGACUGUCCAUUUGGAGCAUGGCGGACUACCUGAUCAGCGGGCAGACCAGUUAUGUCCCGGAGGACGGGCUGACAGGACAGCAGCUGUUCAGCUGUGGAGACGGACUCACUUACAAUGACUUCCUGAUUUUACCGGGCUACAUUGACUUUACUGCUGACCAAGUGGAUUUGACAUCAGCGCUCACUAAACAGAUCACCAUGAAGACCCCCUUUGUCUCCUCCCCUAUGGACACAGUAACAGAGGCCAACAUGGCUAUUGCCAUGGCGUUGACGGGAGGCAUCGGCUUCAUCCACCACAACUGUACUCCAGAGUUCCAGGCUAACGAAGUUCGCAAAGUCAAGCGAUACGAGCAGGGCUUCAUCACAGACCCUGUGGUUAUGAGCCCCAAUGAGCGAGUGAGGGACGUCUUCCAGGCCAAGGCGCGCCAUGGCUUCUGCGGGAUCCCCAUCACGGACAACGGCAAAAUGGGCGGCAAGCUGGUGGGGAUAAUCUCUUCCAGAGACAUUGAUUUUCUAAAGGAGGAGGAUCACAACUUGCCGCUAAGUGAGGUGAUGACCAAGCGAGAGGAUCUAGUGGUUGCUCCUGCUGGAGUGACUCUGAAAGAAGCAAAUGAAAUCCUGCAGAGGAGCAAGAAAGGUAAACUUCCCAUAGUCAAUGAGGAGGGCUCCCUGGUGGCCAUCAUCGCACGUACAGACUUGAAGAAAAAUCGGGACUUUCCUUUGGCCUCCAAAGACUCUAGGAAACAGCUGCUGUGUGGCGCCGCCAUCGGUACUCACAACGACGACAAGUACAGACUGGACCUGCUGGUUCAGAGUGGGGUGGACGUGGUCGUACUGGACUCGUCUCAGGGCAACUCCAUCUUCCAGAUCAACAUGAUCAAAUACAUUAAAGAGAAAUAUCCCAGCUUACAAGUUAUUGGAGGCAACGUGGUGACUGCAGCUCAGGCCAAGAACCUGAUAGAUGCAGGCGUGGAUGCGCUGAGGGUUGGGAUGGGCAGCGGCUCCAUCUGCAUCACACAGGAAGUACUGGCAUGCGGCAGACCUCAGGCCACGGCUGUUUAUAAAGUCUCUGAGUACGCCAGGCGUUUCGGCGUACCCGUCAUAGCUGAUGGUGGGAUCCAGACUGUUGGGCACAUCGCCAAAGCUCUGGCUCUGGGAGCUUCAACAGUAAUGAUGGGGUCGUUGCUGGCUGCCACCAGCGAAGCUCCUGGUGAAUAUUUCUUUUCUGAUGGGAUCCGGCUAAAGAAAUACCGCGGCAUGGGCUCCCUGGACGCCAUGGACAAAAACCUGGGCUCUCAAACCCGAUAUUUCAGUGAAAGUGACAAGAUUAAAGUUGCUCAAGGCGUCUCUGGAGCCGUGCAGGAUAAAGGCUCCAUCCACAAGUUCGUCCCCUACCUGCUGGCUGGUAUUCAGCACUCCUGUCAAGACAUCGGGGCCAAAAGCCUCACCCAGCUCAGAGCGCUGAUGUACUGUGGAGAUCUGAAAUUUGAAAAGAGAACCACAUCAGCUCAGAUGGAGGGUGGAGUCCACAGUCUACACAGUUACGAAAAACGACUCUUUUGAGAAAAGGGGAGCAUUUGGUGGCGGAUCAGAGCAGCAGAUGACACUACACAACCCGCAAGAACUGCUUAGGAUCCUAUUGUCCAUGGAGCGGACUUCGGAUUCAGAUCAGACUAAAAAAAAAUCUGUUAUCUUCCAGAGAUCCACCCGUCUUCCUUCCAGUGUUAUCUAUGCAUAGAGUUUGGUGGAGGUGUGUAUGUGUGAAACUGAGGAGGUUGAGAAAUGAGCAUUUAUCAAUCAGUGCAUGUAUGAUUGAGUUGAAUAAGGGAAGUUCGCUCUUGUAAUAAAAUGUCUCCAUGUUUGUCCAUUUUAAAGCAAAAAAAGAAACUAAUUAAAGGCCUGUGUUUUUACACAAUUGUUU